AUGGCGGCAGAGAUAAAGCAGUUGAAUAAUACUCAAUACAAAUUAGGUGGCAUUGCUGUUUUGGGCAUUGGCAUAUGGGUGAAGGUGAAUGGAGGAUCCUUUAUCCAGAUCCUGGGUUCUGUGGCUCCGCAGCUGCAGGUGGUAAAUGUGGGAUACCUGUGCAUGGCGGUUGGUGGUUCCUGAUACUUAUGGGAUUUCCUUGGUUGCUGUGGAGCCAUGAAGGAAAACCGGGGCAUGCUGAUGCUGUUCUUCGUCAUCAUUCUCAUUAUUUUUAUUGCUGAAAUAGCAGGAGCUGUUGUAGUAUUGGCAUUUUCUUCUGUGUCUAACAUCUUCAUUGAUUAUAUUGGUAAUAUUUCUGUGAAAUACCUACAUAAUGAAUUUGGUACAAACAACGAACUUGACACAUUGUGGAAUACAACCAUGAAAGAGCUCAAGUGCUGUGGGUUUCAUGGAUAUACAGAUUUUGACAACUCUACAUAUUAUCAAAAAUAUCACCAGUAUCCACAGGUGUGCUGCUCCAAUGUAAGCCCAUGUUAUAAAGCGAACAUCACUGCUGAAAUGAAGGGCUGCUAUGGAGCAUUUCAACAUUUCCUUAACCAAAAUGGCAAAAUAGUAGGGGGUGUCGCACUUGGAAUCUGCGGCCUUGAGCUUGCAGCUAUGAUUGUUGCCCUUGUACUGUUUACCCACAUCAACAAAUAAAAAGGAAAGCUAUUGAUCCCCUCACUCCACACCUACUGAGCAAGCAGCAUUCGUUGGUAGUGAUGAGUAUAAUCACAAGCAAUACUGGAUAACCCUGUAAUUGGAGAUACUGAUCUCAAUGCUAUAUUUUUUUCAUCCAACCUCCUAUGAAUUCUCAGCCGAGACUGAGGGGCAAAGCAAUUGU